GCAAGGUGCACUCGAUGGGGAUGGAGUGAAUUAGAGUGAAUGUAUGUAGUAGACGAUGUUGUUGUUAGGGUUGCGUUGCAGCAGUCGCUAGGGCCCACCAACCAACCCAUUAUUUGUUGAAUGUGUCCCCCCUCCUCCUCUUCCUCGUCGAGGCCACUGGUGUUGCUGUGGUUCUUGUUGUAGUCGAUGCACCAGUAGGAGAACUUGCCCGACAAGUGCUGGAUUGGAGUAAGCCAUUGGCCUCCGUCGAGGCUGUUUGUGUUUUGGGCGAGCCACGUCGAGCUGAGGCCACCUUGGCACUUUCCGGCUGUUGCUCCCCUCGGGUGGUCCACAUCAAUCCUCAGCCUUCUCCCAGACUCCUCAGUGGAACCUGCCGACCGCUCAACCCUUGUGGGCUUCUUCGUACAUUUCAACUCAUUCUGGGCAUUGGUCGCCGCCGUCGUGGCUGUCCUCGACAGCCUCGCACUCCUCCGCGUGUGUUCCAAAUCCCCCCGUCCUCGCUCUGUCUCUCCUGUCUGUAUGCUAGUUAGCUCAGCCCUUCUCCCGCCCACACGCCCAUACGCCCACUAGGGGAUUCGCUUACCAUCUUCUCCUGACUGAAUCGCCCAUUUCCCCUCCCCCUCGUCGGUGGGAAGUUGCACAUUGUUCUCACUCCCCUGCCCUCCCCUCCAAAGUCAGACUGGUUCCAACGAGCAUCCUGCUCGGCCAGACCAUAAUAUCUCCAAGACCGUUCGUUGGCAGUAGUGGAGAGACCGAGGCCACUGAGGAUGAGGACCGAGGAAAGCUAGUAGUAAUGGCGGCUAAAAGCACACAGUCCCCAUUGGAAGCGGGUUUAUCCCUGGGCCUUUAUCAUUGGAUUAGGGCGUAGUGGCCCCCAUUCCGCGUGUUUCACCUCCAUAUCACAUCUCCCUCUAUUCCGAGGUCGCACUUUUGGCCCGGGACCGGCAAAAAGGUCUUGGAACACAUUGACCAGAUAAAAGUCGUUUCGACCAUUCGGGAUACGUGAUCGCCUUGGGUGAUCACCUCCCCCCCACCACAAUUCAAGCUGGAGUUAAUGGAACUAGAGAACAUUGUCGCCAACACGGUCUACUUAAAGGCUCGCGAAGGUGGGCCCGACAACAGCAAAGGCCGAAGCAAAAAAUGGCGAAAGCUUUUGGCAUUUCCCCACAUUUCAGUGGUCAUAGGAAUGGCGGAGACGCUCUCGGCCGUUUCUUAUGACUACAUUGUGGACCAACAGCCCAUCGGACAAAAGCUCUUCCGACUGUUCUGUGUCAAGCACAAGAAAGAGUAUUACCACUACAACGAAUUCUUGGACGAUAUCGACGCUUACGAGCUCGAGGUGGAGGAUGCCAGGGCGGAAUCCGCCCACAACAUCGUCCAAAAGUUCCUAACCCGUCCGGCUGCCUCGGAUUCCGGGGUGGACACGUGUGAGGAGCAUCCUCCUGAAAGUGAUAAGUUCAUCGACGUUUUGAGUGAAGACACGAUCUCGAACGUGGUGAAGAACAUAGACUCAGGGUCCCGCGACCUCUUCCUCAAAUGUACUACCGAAGUCAAGACCUACCUCUCGGACGAGCCAUUCAAAGAGUUCAGGGAAUCCAUGUAUUUUGACAGAUAUCUCCAAUGGAAAUACCUGGAACGACAGACUGUCACCUAUAAGACUUUCCGGAUGUAUCGGGUCUUGGGCAAGGGCGGCUUUGGGGAGGUGUGCGCUUGUCAGACCCGAGCUACCGGCAAAAUGUACGCUUGUAAGAAGCUCGAGAAGAAGCGAGUCAAGAAACGAAAAGGCGAAUCCAUGGUACUUAGUGAAAAGCUCAUUCUUCAAAAGAUCAAUUCACGCUUUGUGGUGAAUUUGGCGUAUGCCUUUGAAACCAAAGACGCUCUCUGUCUAGUGCUCACCAUUAUGACGGGCGGUGAUCUCAAAUUUCAUAUCUACAACAUGGGUGGAGAGCCCGGCUUCUCUGAGGCCAGAUCCAAGUUCUACGCAGCCGAAGUCCUCCUUGGACUGGAUCACCUUCACUCAAAUGGAAUUGUGUAUCGUGAUUGUAAGCCUGAAAACAUUCUUCUCGACGAGAAUGGCCAUGUUCGCAUUUCUGACCUAGGUCUGGCCUUGGAAAUUCCCGACGGUGAAGUGGUUAGAGGGCGCGUUGGGACGGUAGGCUACAUGGCCCCCGAGAUCAUUGACAAUGAAAAGUACACCUUCAGUCCGGAUUACUUCAGUCUGGGGUGCCUUAUCUACGAGAUGAUCGAGGGCCGAGCCCCAUUCCGCGCCCGCAAAGAGAAGGUCAAACGCGAGGAGGUCGACCGUCGGGUGAAAGAGAUGGACGAGCCCUACUCGAAAAAGUUCUCCGAUGAGGCUCAAAGCGUCUGUCGAGGACUUUUGAAAAAGAAAGUGGGCUCGAGGUUAGGCUGCUCCUCCGGUCGUCACGGUGCCAAGGAGGUCAUGGCCCUCAGUUGGUUUUCCGAACUCAACUGGGUUCGACUCAAAGCGGGCAAGGAAAAAGCACCGUUCGUCCCCGACCCGCACGCAGUGUACGCCAAGGAUGUUCUCGACAUCGAGCAGUUUUCCACCGUAAAAGGUGUUAAUCUGGACUCGAAAGACGACACGUUCUACAACCGUUUCAACACGGGUGCUGUGUCUAUUCCUUGGCAAGAAGAGAUGCUGGAAACGAAAGUAUUCGAGGACCUGAACGUCUUCGGUCCUGACGAUUCUCUCCCACCUGACUUAGAUAUCAAUGUCAUCCCUGAACCGGAACCCAAAGGCUGUAUCCCAUUCUUAAGACACAAAGUCUUUCGACGAAAGAUAAAUGAACGCGCACCGCAAAGUCAUUCUCAAACUAGUAAUCCCGAGCGAUAAAGGAUCUCACUUUUUGUGCAAAACCAUUCUUAGUACUGCUGAAUAUCCCUUGAAAGCUGUUUAUCCACCUUGUACCCACCCCCAUGCCCAUGAAAUUCAUGAUCAGUGCUUGUCCUACCCUAUCACUCAUUUUGUGUUUAUGAUUCAUGCAGAUUUCUGUCGUCCGUCAUCUCUUCCAGCCCGAAAUGGAAACCUGAAUGAAGCUUUGUAAUAAUCAUAACAAUAAUAAAAUGAAAGAUUCCCCCUUGCCCCAAAAUAAGUCCCCUUGAUUCAGAAAAUCUCUCUUUGCCUUGAACCGUUCAACUACACGAAAAAGGACUGUCCUUCUUGCCGCUCUACUUCACACGAAACUAACCCUUCAAUCCCCUAUUCUGACUGGCUGACACACAGUAGUUCGUUGUUUAAGAAAGACGUCUCUGUAUCCAUUGCAAUCACUUAAUCUCUGCAUAUUAUUGUGUUUCUUAUCUAUAUCAACAAUAUGAUUUCAUUGUUAUGAACCUUGUACCAACAAAAGGAACCACAGCACACAAAACACCUACAAAUGCAUUAUUCUAUUUGAGUAAAGUGGCUAAUAUUCAAACUCCCCUGCUCGUUUCGUAGCAUUAUUCUCGUCAUCAUGGAAAGUACUAUUUUCAACUUCAUUAAUUUUUUUCAUAUAACAAACCAAACCAUAACAACGCUAUUAUCCAUUUUCAAAUUACUAGAAUCAAACGAAAGUCAAGUGCCGCUAAGCCGGUGGAAAUGAUCACAUGUUACUACCGUGUUGCCGUCAAUCAAGUCAGACACAAGUCUUGAUACAAAUCAGAAAUAAAUCGCCGCUUCAUGUGUGAACUUUUGUCACGUCCUCUCAAGUCAAGUCAGUUUCGGCCGUUGAUGCGUAACUUUCUUCUUUCGACACAAUCCUAACGCGUCGUUCCCACAUCUUCAGAUACCACAAUUCAUAUUCAGACCACCUCUUUCUCCGACGAUAUCAUUGUACUUACAACACUGCUCGGAUCAUUCAUGUGAUUAAGGCCAUACUUUCAGGAAUAAAUAGAGCUCAAAGAAAAA